CCAAGAAUCCAAAAUUAAUUAACUCGCUCUCGCUGUGAUUUGCUCCACCGGACCUACUAAUUAAGUUCUAAAACCUCUCUCUCUCUCACGCAGUCACGCGUGCACAUACACGCGAGAGAGAGAGGGAGGGUUCAAUAUUCCAUCAUGAUGACCGUCAUUUCUCUCCGUCAUCUUCAUGAUUAAUGGUAUUUAAAGAGAGGAAGGACGGGAGAGGAUGAUGAGUUACAGCAAAUUAUCCAGAAUGGACAUGUCCUUGAUUAUUAGUGUGGUAGCAAUCCUGUUGUCCUCCAUCAUUCUGUGCAGGAGUUGGAGGAGGAGAAUCAGGUCAUCAACACACAGAGGCGGCCAACUUCCUCUGGGAAGUCUAGGAUGGCCCCUUGUCGGCGAAACCUUGGAGUUCAUUUCCUGCGCUCUCUCAGACCACCCUGAGAGCUUCAUGGACAAGCGCCGACGCAUGUAUGGGAAGGUGUUCAAAUCACACAUUCUUGGUAGUCGAACCAUCAUAUCGACGGACGCCGAGGUUAGCAAAUUUAUUCUGCAGAGUGAUGCCAAGGUCUUCGUGCCUUCUUAUCCGGGAUCGCUCACCGAGCUGAUGGGAAAGUCAUCCAUUCUUCAAAUCAACGGAAGCCUGCAUAGAAGAAUCCAUGGAUUGAUCGGAGCCUUCUUAAAAUCUUCACACCUCAAGGACCAGAUCACCCAAGACAUGCAAAAGUACGUGCAACAGUCAAUGGGAAGAUGGAAAGAUGAUAAGCUCAUCUACAUCCAAGAUGAAACCAAAAAUAUUGGGUUUCAAAUCCUGGUCAAAGUAUUGAUUAGUUUGGAUCCUGGUAAAGAAAUGGAGUAUCUAAGGCAACAGUUUCAAGAAUUUAUUGCGGGUCUAAUUUCUUUACCCAUUAACUUACCUGGGAGCAGACUCCACAGGUCAUUGCAGGCAAAGAAAAGAAUGGUGAAGUUGGUGCAAGAAAUCAUUCAGGAUAAAAGGAAGGAGGGGAGCCCAACCGUUCCAAGAGACGUGAUUGACGUCUUGCUAGGUGACACAAACGAUCAACUGACGGAUGAGCUAAUAUCUGAUAACAUGAUUGACUUGAUGAUACCAGGAGAGGACUCUGUGCCUGUCCUCAUAACUCUUGCAAUAAAGUAUCUCAGUGAUUCUCCUUUGGCUCUCCAACAAUUGACGGAAGAGAACAUGAAGCUGAAAACACUAAAAGCUCAAGCGGGGGAACCUCUGUGCUGGAGUGACUACAUGUCUUUGUCAUUUACUCAAAAUGUGAUAACAGAGACUCUGAGGAUGGGAAACAUUAUCGUAGGAGUGAUGCGUAAGGCCAUGAAAGAUGUGGAGGUGAAAGGAUAUCUAAUUCCCAAAGGAUGGUGUGUGUUUACAUAUUUCAGAUCAGUUCAUCUUGAUGAACAUCUUUAUGACUGGCCUUACCAAUUCAAUCCAUGGCGAUGGCAGGACAAAGACCCGAGUACUUGUAACUUCACUCCUUUUGGAGGUGGCCAACGACUUUGUCCGGGGCUUGACCUUGCCAGGCUGGAAGCUUCCAUUUUCCUCCACCACUUCGUUACUCAAUUCAGGUGGGUGGCCGAGGGUGACUCAGUUGUCAAUUUUCCGACGGUAAGAAUGAAGAGGGGAAUGCCUAUUUGGGUCAAAAGGAGAAGCAACCUUCAGUCUCCGACUUCAGAGAAAGUGGCAGGGCAACAGAACCAAAUGAAUGACAAGUAAGAGAGAUGGCUCAGUCCACACGUGUGGUGGCACUGACAGAUCAGCUCUUGUCUUUAUGUCUUUAACUGUAACGUCAUAUAUAUACAGACAAUAUAAGUACAUGCAUAUGUAUAGUAGGGGGACCCAACCAUCUCUUCAUCUUUCACCCAUUCAUCUCCUGUCUGUACGUUUGCAAUAAAGGUGAUCCCAGAGUUGCCGUGGUAGGUGACACACUGGUUGGUAUACGUCAA